CCUGCAGCCAGAGGGGCGGUGCCAGAGGUGGGUGUGUGUCUCAGCUGAUGCGCGCAUCAACCGACCGACUCCAUCAUCAGCAUCCGACGCUGACAGACAGUGGGGACAGAAUCUAAAAUAUUGUCGACAGAUUAUGACAAUUUGAGAUCAUUCUCAAGCAACGCGACAAAGGCUUUCCGCGCCGCCCGUGACAAUACCGUUCGCUGGGUCUGCCAUCUCGAAAACCGCGGAGCUGCAAAUAUGUGUGUGCCCCCACUACCUGCAUUAGGUUGUGAUGACCCACACUACUUCCAAGUGUGAUGUGUGUGUGACCCUCCCCUUCAAACCCUGACUCCUAACCUUUCAUCCCUGACCUUUGACCCCCCCCCCCUGCUAUGGGCAGUGUUGGGAGUGGGGUGGCCGGAGAGCAGGAGUUUGCCAUGAAGUCAGUGGGCACACGGACCACGCUGCCCCGGGCCCCCCCGCUCUCUCGCCGCUGUCCCGACCGGAGCUGCAGUGCCGAGCGGCUGCCGCGCCCCCCGGCCACUGUCUCCGAUGGGACCGCCUCGAGUGACGAGCGGGGCAGCGUUAGCAUUGGCACUGGGACUUGUACCGGGACCGACCGGCCCACGGAGACCGCCUCCUCCACCAACGCCACCGAGUGCACCGUGGCCGUCCCGUCCAACAACAACGCCCAGAUGGACUGUGGGAACGUAGCGGGACGGCGGGAGAGGGAGUGGGAGCGGGAGAGGCAGCGGGAGAGAGGCCGGGACCGGGACCGCGACCGCGACUGGGACCGGGAGCGGCUGGAGAGGGAGCGGGAGAGGGAGAGGAACCGCGAGCGGGAGAGGGAGCGGGUGGAGAGGGAGAGGCUGGAGCGAGAGCGGGAGAGAGAGAGGGAGAGAGCCAGGGAGCGGGAGCGGGAGAGGAUCGAACGGGAGAAGAUCGAGAGGGAACGGGAGAGGGAGAGGGAGAGAGAGAGGGAGAGAGAGAGGGAGAGACUGGAGAACGAGAGGAUGGAACGAGAGAGGGAAAGGGAGAGAGAGAGAGAGAUGCACAGCGGCGGAGGUAUAGAUUCGUGUGGGAACUUUGUGAGCUUAGGAGCAAACGAGAAGAAGAGCGGAGGUAUGAAUCAACACCAACACAGAGAGAUGGCGGCCGCCAGAGUGGACGGCGACACCAAUCCAGCCAGUCAGAACCCUCCCAACCACAACCCUCCCAAGAUACUUCCUGUUUCCGGGAAACUGGAGCAGAACAACUCGGGGCUGGUCCGUCCUUCAGCCUUCAAGCCGGUGGUCCCCAAGAGCUUCCACUCCAUGCAGAACCUGGUGGUCCAGUCGGGGGGAGCGGGCGGCGAGGGCAAGGCAGACGGGCGGAGCGAGGGGAUGGGCGAGGGCAGGGGCGGCAGGCGAGGCAGGGACGGUGGUGGGGAGGCGGGGGGGGAGGUCCCCGAGGCGCUGCUCCUGGACCAGGACAGCCCCAUCCGGGUCGGGCUGAGGAGCGAGGGGGGGCCGAUGAGCAACGAGAUGGCCCAGGGAGGAAUGUCCGACUCGGGGCGCAACUCCCUCACCAGCCUGCCCACCUACACGGGGUCCGGGUCGGGCUACGGACCCCCCGCUGUGCUGGGGCCCCUCAGUGCGUCCACCAGCCACAUCAACAGGCUGGGCACGGCAGGAGCGGCCGCCGGGCUGGAGAAGCUGGAGAAGCCCGGUUACCAGAACGGCCUCAGCGCCUCAGACAGCGGCCGCUCCUCCUCGGGGAAGAGCUCCUCGUCCUAUCAGAGGCUGAGCCACAUGAGUGACGCCCCGGCGCCGCUACGCCCCUCCCCUUCCUCCGAUGACAUCAUCCAAGACCUGGAGGACCGGCUGUGGGAGAAAGAGCAAGAGGUGCAGCACAUCCGCCGCAACCUGGACCAGAGCGAGGCGGCCAUCAUCCAGGUGUUUGAGGAGAAGCAGCGUGUCUGGGAGCGCCAAAUGGACGAGCUGAGGCAGAACUAUGCCUCGCGCCUGCAGCAGGUGACCCGUCGGGCCCAGCGCUCCCAGACCGCCCUUCAGGCUCAGAUCACUCGGCUGUCCCAGGACAAGAGGCGGCUCCAGGAGGAGAUGGCUGCCCUUCUGGCCCAGAGGGAGGAGCUGGAGAGGAAGUGUCUGGACUACCGGAAGGAGCAGGCGGACAUACUGCCCCGUCUGGAGGAGACCAAAUGGGAGGUUUGUCAGAAGGCCGGUGAGAUCUCGCUGCUCAAGCAGCAGCUGAGGGAGAGCCAGGCGGAGGUGACCCAGAGAGCUGGGGAAAUGGUGGCCCUCAGGGGCCAGCUGAAGGAGCUCAACGCCCAGCUGAGGGAACGGGAGGACGCUAUGCUCGGUCUGAAGGACUCAUACAGCUCCAAGAGUCGUGAGCUGGAGAAGUGCGAGGGAGAGCUUCGAAGGACUCUGUCUGAGGUUUCUAUGCUCCGGGAAAAACUGGGUGUCUUCGAGGCAGAGGUGCUCAGUCUGAAGCGAGCUCUGAGUGAGGUCGGCAGGGGACACGAGAUCUCCAUGGCCCCCAACUUGGCGGCGGCGGGGCUCUUGCCCCCGUGGGGGAUGAUGCACUGCCCUAGGAGCUCCUCUGAUCCCUCCUCCGGCGCCCUCAGCUCCACGUCGGACAACCUGCUCAGCCUGCAGAGCGACGAGGCCAAAGCCCAGCGGCAGGAGGCUCAGAGGCAGGAGAGGCAGCAGCGCGAAGAGGCCCAGUGGCGAGAGGCUCAGCACCGCCAAGACGCCCACAUCAGCCAGGACCUGCACAUGCGCCAAGAGGCCCAGCUCCGCCAGGAGGCCCAAGUCCGUCAUGAAGUCCAGCUCCGUCAGGAGGCCCAAAUGCGUCAGGAUGCUCAAAUGCGCCAAGAAGUGCAGCUCCGCCAGGAGGCCCAGCACCGUCAGGAGGCCCAGCACAGACAAGAAGGACAACUGCGUCAAGAGCUGCAGCUACGACAGGACAGCCAAUUGUGCCAAGAACUGCAGCUCCGCCAGGCGGGGGACGAGGCCGGGGACCUGCGCAGGCAGCUGGAGCAGCUGCAGGCCACGCUGAGGCUGGAGCGGCAGCAGCGCGAGCGCCAGGCCCUGAACUUUGACCAGGAGCGACACACCUGGCAGGACGAAAAGGAGCGGGUUCUGAAGUACCAGGCGCAGCUGCAGCUCAGCUACGUGGAGACGCUGCAGAAGAACCAGGCCCUGGAGAAACGCAUGGGGCAGAUGGGAACCAAGGUGGCCACGACCACGACCACCACCAUCACCACCACCUCGGCCCCGCCCUCCACCUCGUCCUCCGGCUCGCCUCCUCCUCCACCACCGCCGCCCCCGCCACCACCAGCACCACCAGCAGCACUUUCCCCUCUCUCCUCCCAGGCCACAGCCUCCCUCCAGUCCCCCAUCGCAUUGACCCUGUCGCCACCGUGUGAGGACCAGAAGGGACCGCCUUCGCUCCACCAGCUGGCCCCGCCCUGGGUGGGACCCACGCGCCUGGAGAGGAUAGAGUCCACUGAGAUAUGAAGAACGCAUACCAACAACAAAACAGUAAAGAAUACACCCAGAUAUAAGGCCUACCAAUCGAACAACACCACAGAAAACAAAAGAACAGCUUCUCUCAUCUCAGUCUAGAGUCAAAACAACAGUGUUCAUGUAAAUAUACCACAACACACUUCAAAGAUACACACGCCAAACAGCAACAAAGGCCUUUGUUAGAACGCUCCACAGUGACCAGAAGGUAGGAUCGAUCGUUACCUUUCAUCACCCAAGGUUUCAUGGUGAGGAGCCUUUUUGUCGGUUGGUUGCUAACUGAUUCUGCGUUACCAGCCAUCUUUUAGUCCAAAGUGGUGGGAAGGCACACAACUAAAUUAUUUGAUUACAGCGCUGAACCCCGGUUCAAAAGAAAACAACCACACACAAAAAAUCAGGGAUAUUCAGAAAUGAUUGAUAUAGCGUGGUAUUUAUUCAUGAAGUGUGUGUGCAAGUGGUUACAUAUAAAAUCAAUAAUUAGUGAUUCGAAUGUGUGAUGGAUACUUGCGUCGUCGGCCACAGAGCGCCUUAUUCUAUGCUUUGAGGCAUUUUCUCGAACCCAAUGGCCUAUCAAUGACGACAUAAAUCUUAGCGAUAUCAUAAUUUUAGUAGUUAAACUAUCUUAUUGAAUUCAACCAAUCUGGCUGCUUUAUCAGUUACAUUAUUAUGUUGCCAAUGACCAGAUGAGUACAUUUAAAACCCAGCAUAUUGACUCUCAACAAUUUCAAAUUCUGUAAAAAGCAAAACAAGCAGGUCAAAGACUGAUUUAUUAAUUAAUUUGAAUUCAUAUUAUGCAUGGAGUUCAAUGUGAAAGACACAUCUCAAUGCAUUAUUAAGAACUACAAAGUUUAUAUUUUAUAUAAAAAGGGAAUUAAAUGAGUAUGUUUGGUAGAUAAUCCUCCCCAUCUCUGAUCGGUUUACUACAUUCAGGGAUGGGAGAGACAUGCCUUCUCUAAAAAAAUAAGAACACUAGGGGUCGUCAGAGAGCUUUCUACUCCCUUCUCUUUUGACUCAAAAUGGUUCCUACCAUCUUCAACAAAAGGGCAACAAGGUGUACAUAUAAUGAAAGCACACGAUCUGAAUCAAGUUAUAUUUUAAUAGUGUCAUUCACAUUGUGCUUUCACAGCCAAGAAAAUAGGAUCGUUUGGUUAGUAACCCCAAAGCUGAGAAGUUAUAUAGAAUGUAAGUCAUACUAGAGCAAGAUCCUUAAAGUUGUUAUAGAUUAUAAGUAUUUGUGAGUGUGGUUCUCUGUGUGUGUGUGUGUGUGUGUGUGUGUGUGUGUGUGUGUGUGUGUGUGUGUGUGUGUGUGUGUGUGUGUGUUUGUGUUUAUGUGUGUGCGG